ACCUGUGCAACCUUGGAAUUCCCUCACCUUCGCACCAAGAAUUAAGUAAGCAUUAGGCGGCCUUCUCUAGCAGUACCAGUUUGGUUAUGGCGUACCCAAUUCUGACGGUUGUUUAUUUAUAGUGCGACCAAAAUAAAAAAUAAAAAAUGCCGAGAAAACUGUUGAAAUUUUUAAUUUUAUUUGAUAAUACUUCAUUAUUGUACUUCCCGGGUCAGUUUUUAUCUGGUAGGGUGCUUAUUGAACUUCGGGAUGACACACCCGCGCUAGGUUUACAUUUCCAUGUCGUAGGAGAAGGUGUAGUUAGGGUACGGACGCCUCGACAAGAGAGAGUCUAUGAUAAAGAAAAUUAUAUAGAUUUUCGAAUGAGAUUGCUUGGUGAACCUGGACAAGGACCAUCAAUACUUUCUCCAGGAAUUCAUAGUUUUCCAUUCAAAUUAGGACUUCCCUUAGGUCUACCAUCUACGUUUUUAGGAAAACAUGGCUGGGUACAGUAUUAUUGUAAAACAGCCCUCAGGGAACCAAACGGUCUCACCCAUAAGAACCAGCAAGUGUUUAUAGUUAUGAAUCCUAUAGACUUAAAUUUAGAACCUGCAGUUUUAGGGACCAUUUCGGGACAGGAAACAUUCAGAUGCGAAGUGGAACAUAAAUUUGGAGUCAGUUGCGUGGGCUCUGGAACUGUUGUUUGCAAAGUUACCUUGGAUAGAGGAGGAUAUGUUCCGGGAGAAAGUAUAGGGGUAUCGGCUAGUGUUUCAAAUCGAAGUCGUUUAACGAUAAAGAGUACAAAGGCUGCAUUAACUGAAACUAUAACUUACGUGGCAAGAGGUAAAGUAGUGCAAACAGAAAAAAGAGAAUUGGCUGUGGUGACAAGGGGUAAAAUUCGUCCAGGAGAAAAAGACGAGUGGAACAAUGAACAACUUUAUAUUCUACCUCUUCCGCCUACCAAUUUAAGAGGGUGCCAUUUAAUUAGGAUUAAUUAUGAUGUAUUUUUUAUAGUAGAACCAAGUGGUCUUCAAAAAGAAGUAAAAUUGCAAUUGCCAAUAAUUAUGGCGACCUAUCCGCUACGGUCAGCUGACGAUGAAAAUGAAAAUAAAGCCGGAACACAUUACCCUUCAACAUUACCAAUUUUCAGGCCAUGGUUAGAAGACAAGUCACAAGAUUAACAAUUUUAAUGAAAAAUAUUGCAACAUUCUUAACAAAAGAAAUUAUAUAGGUACUUACCAUUAUAGUUUAUCUACCUAUUUAUCUAAUGACAGUUGAUAUUGCUAAUUGUAAAUUAAAUAAAGAAUACGGAAAAAUAGGAACAGUCAGUUUGUGAUUAUAGCCGACGCGAUGUAGAAGGCAAAAUUUGAAUUUUUUACUAUGAAAAAACUAUAAAUAUUGCACUAGAACGUGACAUGAAACAUAUAACACUCAUCAUUAAAAUUUUUAAUAAAAAUUGCUUAA